AUGGUGAUCGUACGUGCGUUAAAAGAUGUCAUCUCAAUCAAGUUCAAAACGAGACACGACAGUUUUUGCGAUCAAUUCAGCAGAGUGUUUAUGACGAAAAUAUUUCUCAUGGCAAGUGUUAUAAUGGGUUUUGAUUAUUUCUCUGAUAAAGUGACAUGCAUGACUCCCAAGGGUAGUACGUUAUCGAAGGACUUCAUUCAUUCCGUUUGUUGGAUAUCUGGAUUUUAUAUUUAUGAAGAGAUGAAGGAUCGUUUAGACGAAAGCAGUUACUUUGGUAUUCCACUUCGAAUUAAAAGAAAUGGUAUUGAUUCCUUAGGUCGUCUUUGUGAGACAAGAGAUCAGAAUCGGAUAUACAAAUCCUGUCACCCGAUGACUAAAUUGUAUUAUCUCCAGUAUCAAUGGCUACCCUUUUAUGUUGGAGCUCUAGCUGUGCUUUAUUAUCUCCCUUAUAUUAUAUUCAGAUUAGUCAAUUCGGAUUUAGUAAGCUUAAAGAGAGCUGUUAAAUCGUUUACAACAGACGCAGACAAUAUUGUGCAGAACUAUUUUAAUUACAGAAUUAAUCCGAUUCAGAAACUACGAUUUCGAGUUUGGUUAAAUAUUCUAGUCAAAGUAUUGUACGUUGUUGUCACAGUGUCUUCUUUUUUAUCGACGGACUACCUUCUACUGGGUAAUUUCGUUGGCUACGGAAAGAGUUAUAUCAACUGGGGACACUUUAACGUAACAAUGGCGCAUAAUAAAGCUCGCAACAGGAUUACUCCGAAACCAGGUAAUAUUUUGUUUUCUCAAUAG